AUGUUUCAGGACAUAACCAGUCAGCAUAUUGUCCCUCAAGAUUGCUUUGCACGAGAGCCACAGUUCUGGUUACAUUAUGGGACUGGGCCCAGCACGAUAGUCAGCGGAUGGCCCUCACAAGGUGGAAUGUAUACGCUUCAGGUGUCUAGCAGAGUGGAGAUAGAUUUUCUGGAAUUGGACCCAUUUAACAGCACGCUACGUCCAACCGAUUCUGAUCCUGAAUGGCAACAAAAAGAGAAUAAGCACUGUGAUCUUAUGCGACAACUUGGCCCAACAUGGUGGCAAAAUGAAAAUGUAUGGAUGCUAAAUCAGAUGUCAGCUAUCCCUGAUGAAAGGGUAAACGAGUAUAUUCGGGUUGGCUGGACAUCUGAUGGUGGGGUUUGGGUUUGGAAGACGACAAGAUCGGACGCGGACGAGAUAGGUGGAGCACAACUGCUAAAUGCCCGUACCAUGCAAGAACGUUGCAUGAUGAUUGAAAAGCUGGGAGGAACUUUCUACGCCGACCCGAAGGAUUGCCCUUUUCUUGAUCUUCGUUGA